AACUACAAUUGGUUGUUGUUGUUUUUACCUCGCUGCAAUGAUUGUCAGAGGAAGUGUUUCAAUUGUGCAUAUAGGGCCCUUAUUUAUAGCGCGUUGAAGCGCUUGUUCUGCACGUAAUGUAGUGCACUUCAAAAGGGAAUAAGGAGGUAUUUGGUACUCGGCCUGUGUUUGUGGUUUUAACCGGCGCUCGGUGUCAUGAAGCCAGUGCAGUAAUGCUGAUAGAGCGACGACAAGCAGCUGAUCUGGGUGUGUGCUCUUUGUCUGUGGUGGACGUCAGAAAACAUGAGUCGCUUUUUGAAUGUGUUAAGGAGCUGGCUCGUCAUGGUGUCCGUGAUCGCGUUGGGAAACACUGUACAGAGCUUCCGGGACCACAGCUUUUUGUCUGAGAAACUUUACACGGGAACACCAGAUUUUGUAAAUGGCCUUCAGGCAAGGACCUUUGGAAUAUGGACCUUACUGUCAUCUAUCAUUCGCUGUGCCUGUGCCAUGGACAUUCAGAACAGGACGCUUUAUCAUGUUACAUUGUGGACAUUUGUUCUGGCUCUUGGACACUUCCUGUCUGAAGCCUUUAUGUACAAAACAGCUCCACUUACCAUUGGAGUUAUGGCUCCUCUUUUUGUGGCAGGUUGUUCUAUUGUGGGCAUGUUAAUUGGGUUCCAGUGUAUCGUACAGCCGGAAGAAGUAACUGGAGCGAGGCAGAAGAAAAGGAACUGAAUCUAUACCCCAGUGACUCGUUAUGGCUCAGAAUCACUCCCACUCAGGAGAACAGUGGAUGGGUUCAUCACCGCUGAAUAAGGACAAAGAUGGUCCACUUGAACAGAAUGUCUACUUGCCACUGUGUGGACUAGAAGAAGCAUAUCAUAUUAUAGGAGUGAUGAAAAUAUUCUCUAUCCGAACACUGACCCCAAGACAAGCACACACGGUUUUAUAUUCAUAUUAAAUGUGCUAAAAAACAUAAUUAAAUGUGCAGGUCAUGCCAUCUUCUCUGACUCCUGCAGGAUUCCUACUUGGACUCCUUUUUCUUCUUAGUUGCCAAAUCUGACAGUAAUAAACAAAUGAUUUAUAUGAAAUAGCAUAUAUUUAGAGUCAGUUAUUCCAGUCAUGAGCCUUAUGAUCCAUGCCUGUCAUGCAAAUCCAAAAUGCCCAGUUUUUGAUGAACAUAUUUCAAUUAAAUAGGCUUAUUUCACAUAUUUCUAGAUUCAUGUUUUGUGCCCCCCAUUUGAUUAUGGGCUGUCUUUUUGCACAUCUAAGCAAUGAAAAAAGAGCUCUGCACCCUUCCUUUGGUUGAUUGAACUGUAACAGGAUAUGAAGCAAUGCAAAACCCUGAGAAAUAGUAGAUUUUGAACAUUUGUUUGACAUCCAGACUAAAAACAACUCAUUCCAUGUUCCCCAAGAGUUCAGCGACAGUCACCUUUACCUUUAACCUUUAGACACUCACACAGAAGGGUUUUCGUGUACAGUUUUAAUAUAGAAAUGUUACAU